AUAAUGCCUCACGACAAAAUAAUAUGUAGUAUGAAGCACUCCGCUCGGCAGUCAGUGAUAAUAGACAGUCCUGAAGAUUACAAAGAACUUUCCCUGCGCCUGCGCUGAAUAUUCAUGCGCGACCUCUGCCCGUGUCAAGGUCAGACGAAAGUCGGAUAUCCGUCUCCGACAAACGCAGCUCAAAGGGAUAGGCCUAGCGCGCGUCGCUGUAGGUUUUGACAAUGGUCAUAUAAAAUGUAAACUUAAUAGUAUGGCUGUUAUAUACAUAGUUUGUGUAAUUAGUCAAUGGACAAUGAAUACACCUACCGGUGCACCAGAUGUGCUCCAUGUUUGUGUAAGGGAACAUGUCCAUACUAUGUGACCAUUUUUUCACAAUUGUUUAACCCCCUCUCGGUGACCGCCCGUAGUAUAUGCCGAGACACACAGGAUUUUUUUGGAAACAGAAUAUAUAUUUGCGUAAAUGUAGAAUAAAGCUCGGGAAAAAAGCGCGAGAUUUCCCUAGAGGAUAUUGACUACGUGACCACAACUGAAGACCCCCCUACACCCCUGUGACCAAGCGUGGUAUUUUGAAAAAAAUAAAGAUAAUUACGAGUAAAUAAUAUACAGUAUAGUUAACCCCUUUAAUAAGGUUGGCAACUGUCAAAGGCUUGUAUUUGUAUGAUGGCGCCAGCAUGGGUUUUACCUGCCUCAAGUUUGGUUGUAUGUGAUUCAAGAAUUUUACACUAUUCGUAGGAUUGAGAGGUGACCGGCCAAUACCAUUUAAUCCAUUAAAUGGUGUCCCCAAAGAUCCUUCUUUUUUAGCCAACUUCCUAGCUAUCCACUUUUUUCACUUUACUAUUCGACUUCUGAUGUUUGCCGAAUUCAACAGAUGCAUAGAAUACAAUGACCUUUGGGAAUAGCCUUUUUAAUUACAUAUGAGCCGCGGAAUCUACAUAAUUAGCCAAUAAAGCUAAUGAUUUAUUCAAAUACUACCUGACGAGAUUACGCUGAUUUACAGCAUCAACAGCAAUACGGGAUACACAAAUGGAAGGGCUGCCAUUCUGAUCGCACGCCGACCUGUGCGAUCAACCGUCUAACAGCGACCAAACGUACGAGAUCACACGUUACUCGUACUUGUUAGAAACCUUGAGGUCACCGUUUGUGAUGUCAAAUGGUCGCUCGCACUCGGUAAGCGGCGGGAACGACGGGGACAGGUCUGUGGACUGGCGAGUAAACAUGGGACCGUUAGCCGUCGUAUAAAGGCCUGUCGCCGGCCGCCGCCGGCAGUCCGCGCCCCGCAGCCAUGCGUCCGCUCGUGCUUGUACUCGCCCUCGCCGCGCUGCUCGCGCCCGCGCGCUCCGCCUCCAUCGCCACACCGGAAAAAAAACUAGGAGAUCCCAUCAAAGACGUCCUCGACACAGAAGCCCAAAAAGCCCCUGAGGAACCCAUUGACCAAGCGAACACGAUUAAGGACAUCGAUAACCAGCUCUUAAAGAAAGCUGAACCGAUACCCGUCAAAGUUGUAGUCGAGGAUGUCGCACCUGUAGUGAAGGACAGUGAAGAUACCGUCAAGAGGGUCGAAAUAGACCUGAAGCACCCGGGUGAACCCCAGAGACAGGAACACGAGACCCAGAAUCCGGAGCAUUAUGAGGAUGAUUCGGCUCCCGUCGCUACCAUCAAACAGAUGAUCAAAGACUCCCAGGAAGCCUUCAACCAACGCUUUAAAGAUGUCAGCGAAUGUAUUGGCGAAUGGCUCCUCGAUAACAAACCGGAAAUCUCACUUAAAGACAGCAUCAAAGACUUGCAAGAGACAUUUAUGGAAAACAUCGAGAAGGUGAACUCUACUAUUCAGAGUUAUUGGAAUCAAGACAAGGCCGAUUCAGAAAAGAAAGUGGAAAUUAAGAAAGUACAAACCGGUUUGAAAGUUCUGGAAGAGAAGUUUGAGACUGGAGUUCAAGAUUUGAACAACGGAGUGCGAAAUCUGGCCGUGCUGAAGGAGACCCGUGAUGACGCCAGCACAACCACCGCCAAGCCCCCCGGGAUACAAUUCCCCGGCUUCGUGACGAAUUUCUGGACUUCUGUAACGAACGGCUUCAGUAACGUCACGAACCAGUUCCAGAAUAUAAUCGGGCAGGGCAGCAACGCGACCGGGGCCUCGGGCCUGCAGUCCGACGAGACCUCCGCCUCCACGUCGAAGCCGACCGUGUUCCAAGCGAUCCAGAAUCAGAUCCAAGGUAUCUUCCAGGGCAGGCCACAGGGCGCCCAGAGCGACGAGCAGCCGGCCGGCCAAACCGGGCCAUUCGCACAAGUCAUUCAAAACGUGCCCCUACUACAGAACUUUGUCAACUUUAUCCAACCGAAGCCGCAAUCCAAUGAGCCGAGCAAACCGACGCAGCCAGCGCAAAGCACAAACAUCGAAGGAAGCAACGUCGUCCCGGCCGAGCCUGCGAAGCCGGCCGACCAGCAACAAAAAAAGCCUGACGAAGCACCCGCCCCCGCCUCCCAGGGCCCCAUCCAGCAGAUCAUUCAGAGGAACCCCAUCGCCCAAAGCAUCGCUGGCGCCGUUCAGAAAAUUCAGCACACCAUCAAUAACCCUGAAAAGCCCAGAGAAGGGACAACGGAAGAGGAAGGCGACGUGAAGGCGGGGUUCUUCCCGUACUAUGGCUACGGACACAGGCCACAUAGGCCAUCGGACGUGGCCGCCUGGCAGGCGUUCGUAACCGGUCUGAUAGGGUCCAUAGGCGCCACGAUCAACGGGACCGCGACCACCAUCUCCACGGCCGUCAACAGCGCUAUCAACACGCUGGGUACCAACAUCGAGACCAUAAUAUCGUCAGCAACGGGGUAAAGAGCGCUCCCGUCGAGGUCGAGAAGCCGGUCGAGGCCCCCGUCGUCCCAGAGGCCCCCGUAGUGCCGGAGGCCGAGGCGAGUCCCGUCGUCGAGGCCGUCAAAAAAGACUGAACCAGUCACUGUGUGAUAUAAGUCGUAUAAGCUAGUAUUUAUUUUAGUGUACAUGUAAAUAAGAUGAUUGAUAUAAAUUUAUAUCUAAAUUAAA